AUGUUGUUUCGUCUUCUCUUCUUUAUAGCUUUUAUAUCUAAAAGUAUUUCAGUGGAUUUCAUAAAGUUUCAAAAACUCAGCAUAGCUUCUGAAGAAUCAUUGAUAUUUCUGUCGAAUGAUAAACCAACAGUUACUCUAGAUGCCUCAGUCAAUCAACAGAGGACUGUAUAUUUUGCACAAAGAAGUACUGUUAUGAAUUUGAAGUUGACAAUUGCUUGUAUCGUAAACCAUCAAGUGAAACCUCUCGAGAAAGUGUCAUUAUGCUGCCGUAAAAGCAUGGAUGAUCCUAAACGUUCGUGUAAUCGCAUAUCUAAGGUUGAGGGUAAAUUUUCAUGCAUGAACACCGAUUUUCAAUACAGUAUGGACGAGUACGCAGGAGCAAAUUUCUCAAUAUCUCUAACAAGGGAUACUGCUAUGUCCAACCCAAUCAGUGGAUUUUUCUCUUGUGUCGUUGCAACAGAUGAUUUCAACAUCAUUGAGUCAAAUGAGAUUGAAGUACGCGAUGCAGUUUACUAUAUCCGUCAACUAAGACAUACAUUGUCUGGAAAAGUAGAUGUUGUCCCACCUAUACCACUACCCCUAUUCCAUAUGAGUUUAGAUGUUCAGAUGAUACGAACGUUAUAUUGGGUUGGCCAUACUGGAUGCAUCAACUUGAUGGAAGAUAUGGACCAUAUAGAUGGAGAUAUUGCCUAGCUGCAGGAAGCCUAAAUGCAGUAACGUGUGCAGAAAGAACUGUUGAGUUUUCUACUGAUGCCAUCGUUACAUUUAUAAACGGGAGUGCCUACCUCACGGAUCCUAACUUGAUUGACACAAAGUCUAUAGCUGUAGUUUGC